UAUCAACAUUGAACCAAGAUACUUCCUUGUCCCAACAUUGAGACUACACGAUUUCAAGAAGUUCCUAUCUAAUAGUCAGAGUCGUCAGGAUGUCAGUGACCAUGACCAAAGGUGAGGGGGUGACCGUGUUCACUUUGGCCUCUAACCCCAAAAGCGAUUGGCCAAUGGUGUUCCAGAUAUUCGGGACCCUGUGCUGCAGUCCAAUAUGCGCAUUGUCUCAAAGACUGAGAAAGCUCCAAGGCAGUUCUCUGUCAGCUCUGGGGGCUAUACAAAUCCUGGUAGGGAUUCUCAACCUAGGCCUUGGACCAAUCCUUUUAAACUCAACUGAGGGGCUACUGUUGUAUAAGAGAGUUCCUUAUUGGCUUGGCGGUGUGUUCAUUGCAGUUGGCCUAAUGUGUGUUCUAGCUGAAAAGUUUCCGAGUCCAUGUUUGGUGGGCAUCAAUGUGAUGAUAAAUCUGGGUGGUGCUGCACUUGCUAUUACUGGCAUUGUGUUGUACGCCAUAGACCUGGGAUCUGGUAAACUGAACUGGAUGUGCGACUUUGGCAAUGACUACUGGUAUAGCACCGCGCGUCCAUCCACUGAGACAAAAGAUCAAUACUUGGAGAGAUGCUUGGAUGCCAAACAUAUUGCAGUGGUGCUUACGAAUUCCUUGGAAAUCGUGAUGAUCGUCCUUGCUGUCCUUCAGUUAUGUGUCACCAUCAGCUCUGCAGUGCUGGGUAUGAAGGCCUUGCACAAAAACAGAAAGGAGCAGCACAAGAGCCAGACCGAAGACCCAGAGAAAUACAGUCCACUGCUGGAGGAUGUGACUGCCUAAACAAAGCCUUCAGUUUGACACAAUAUAUUGCUUAUCCUAACCAAAUCUCACGCAAUACCUUAUUGUAGACACUUCUAUGACUGUUUUUUUCCUUUUGUGUAGCACAGGGGUCUUUAUGGUUGAAUGUGAGUUGGUUGCAAAUCAACACUUUUGAGGCCAUUUAAAAAGUAUGUAUCUGCAAAACGGGUUGUGAAUGUGCUGCUUAAAUACACUGAAAAUUACUUUUCUACUUCACAUUUCCAGUUUACAUGAUUAAAGAAAACACCUUUCAUUUAUCCGUC